AUGGUCGUUGAGAAGGAAACUUUACAAGGGCUAACCCUAAGUUGCAAACAUCAAGUUUUCAUUUUUAUGAAGGGCAUAAGGAGCGCAUUGCUUCUGGGAUCGUGCGAGUUUUCGCAGUCCUAUUUGCGCACCCUACUUUUAUCUUCGCCAUUUGAGGAGAUGCAUGUGGUGACGCCUCCAGGGCCAGUGUUCCCGCUGUCCUCAUUUGCGCAGAAGGAGAAAAUCCCGGUUCACCAAAUCCCAGAUGCCGGUCUCAAAGAUUGGAUUAUUCCAACGCCAUCUAAUGGGCGUGUUUUUGACCUGGGAAUAGUUGCCUCAUUUGGCUAUUAUAUCCCAAAGUCUGUUCAAGAGGCUUUUCCCAACGGCAUGUUCAAUAUCCAUCCCUCGUUGCUCCCAAAAUACAGAGGCUCGUCCCCAAUUGAAACUUCAAUUCUUAGUGGAGAUACAUGCGUUGGGGCUUCCAUCAUUUUGAUGAAUACAAAGGAAAUCGAUGCAGGAGACAUUUUAAAGCAAGUCUCCAUUGUAGGGAUAUCCAUUUACUUAUCCGACUUACAGACCCGGUCAGCAGAUGAGCCUUUGGAAACAACAAGAAAUCGACUGGCAACAUUGUCCGCUCAAUUGACCAUUGAGCUGAUAAAGGAUGUAAAUUGUGGCGCGGGAAUCAAGCCAGUUUCGCAGGCCCCCAUAUACGAUCCUGAAAUGCAUCCAAAAUGCUAUAAAAUCGGUCAUGAGACCAGUAUUUUUUCUCCCCUCCAACACACCGCAAAUCAGAUAUACUGGAGACGGCUGGCGCUAACCAAUCGAUAUACCGUCGAGUGCAAAUUUUUGACUGCAAACGGAACAAAGUUAAAAUUGAAAUUAAUGGAUGCCACGCCCGGACACGUACCUAUGGGAAUCGAUCCUUUUGAUUGGACAGCACUAACAAGUAACGAAUACAUGGGCGUCUCAAUAUUAGAGAGUUCCACACCGGGCGUCGCAUUUUUCGAUAAAAAACAGCGGCGAAUCUGGAUCAAGUGCAAGGCAGAUACGUGGAUCACUUGCGGUUGUUUUAGAAUUGAAAACAAGUCUGUCGAUCUUUCUGCCUCUCAAUUGUGGGGCUAUGGCAUGGCAAACGUCGACAAAAUUUAUUUUUUUUAA